AUGGGGGCAGACAGCGGGCCCAGCAGCGGCAAGGCCAAAUCCAUAGCCACUUUCAACAACGUCGUCAUCACUGUGGGCGACAGCGUGCAGGUCAACCCUGACACUCCAGAGGGCCUGCCCUACAUUGCGUGGGUGAAGGACAUCCUAGAUGGCAAGGGCGAGGACGGCGAGGCGGCGCUGCAGCCAGUUUCGGCGGCGGCGCGACGCGUGAUCGUCGGCAGCGGAACAGCCGUGACCAGCCGCAGACUGCGCACUGUUGGUGUUCUACUGUUUGCGCUGCUGCUGCUGCUGCUGCUGCUGCUGCUGCUGCUGCUGCUGCUGCUGCUGCUGCUGCUGCUGCUGCUGCUGCUGCUGCUGCUGCUGCUGCUGCUGCUGCUGCUGCCACCCGACCCAUAUGUGGUGUGGUACUACCGGCCAGAGGAGGCCGUGGGGGGACGCAAGGCGUUCCAUGGCGCCAAGGAGCUGUUCCUGUCGGACCACACAGACUCGUGCAGCGUGGCCACAGUCAUCGGCAAGUGCAGGGUGCUCACACUCAAAGAGUUCCAGGUGGGGCCUCGGGCCAUAUGCGGCGCGGGCCAUGAGCCGCGCGGACGCAGUGGUGUGCAUGUGCGCUCGCAAAUGCAUGCCAUUGCUUGCGUGGUGGGCGCGCGAUGA